UUUCUUCCUGCGAAAUCAACCCAAAAUCCCAUCCAAUGGCAACUCCACUCCAACUGCUUCCCACUCUCGCCUUCCUCCUCAUCUCAACCACCGCCUCAAUCCUCCCUCCAUCACCAUCAUCCUACCAAGGCCAAACUCACCCCCUCCUCCUCUUAGGCCCCGUCCUCUCCUCCCUCGGCUUCCGAAAGUUCGCCGCUCCCUCCCUCUCCAACUCCACCGUCUGGUUAGGCCCCAUCACCAUCUUCGCCACCUCCGACUCCUCCCUCCUCACCUGCGGCCCUUCCUGCUCCCUCCCCCUCCUUCUCCAAGAACACACCGUCCCGAGCCUCUUCUCCCUCCGCUCCCUCCCUUUCGCCACCAAAAUCGAAACCCUAGCCCCUGACCGCUGCCUCACCGUCACCUCCUCCCUUCAUAACACCUCCAAGGUCUUCGUUGGCGGCGUUGAGAUCACCCACCCCAACCUCUUCGACGACGGCCUCGUAGUCGUCCACGGCCUCCAGGGCUUCGUCUCUCACCUCUCCCUGUUCUCCUGCAACAUUGAACGAACGCCGUCCCUCUCCUUCCCCCCUCCUCCCCAGGAUGCGUCCUUCAUCAUGUGCCUGAUGCUAAAAGACGCCAUGCUUCGUCUAUGGUUAAGCGGUUAUAGCAUCGUGGCCAUUGCUCUGAGAGUAAAAUAUCCCUAUCUGGUGGACCUCAAGUCUGUUACCGUGUUCGCCUUGAACGACGCCGCGAUAUUCUCCAACGGCGGACACGAGUACGUUACCAGUUUCCGCUUCCACAUCAUUCCGGACAGGUUGCUGAUGACGAGCGAUCUGGAGCGAUUGCCGGCCGGGACGGUGUUGCCGACGCUGAAUCUAGGGCAGGAACUGGUGGUUACUACCGGCGGCGGCGGUGUUCCGUUUGGGGGGCCGGUGAGGAUCAACUACGUGAGGAUUGAGAGGCCAGAUCUGAUGUUCAACCUGAAAAUGGUGGUUCAUGGACUGUCGAUGCCGUUUCCGAAUGUGAAUCUAAUGGCCGUGAUUGGUUCGGGCCAGAUCGGACGGUCGGGGUACACCGCUGCUGGUUGGGGAGUGCCGAGAAAUGCUGAAGUCGGCAAUAAGAUGACCCCGCAGUCCAGAAUUGAAUGGACGGACGAGAUUGAAGAUCACCAUGGUCUUUGA